UCUCCGAUAGCCGAGCGUUGCGCUCCGCCAUCGCGACCAAUAUGCAUCGCCCAGCCUAUUUCCGCACGACGAUGCAUUGGUCGCAGCAGUGCUCUGCGCGGCUUCAAGCGCUUUUGUCAACGAAUGUGCCGCGCGCCGCCGCCGCGACGUACACGGCCUGUGCUCGGAAGCUAGACGCCAACAGCUCGGUGGCCACGGCAUUCCAUGCCGAUGCGGUGACGCGCUUCGUCAGCGAUGCACAUCGUGCGUGGGACGCACUUCAAUUUGCCGCUGUGCAGAGCGCUGUCGCCGUCGCCGCGAGCGCGCCCAGCGCCGACCGUUGGCUCGUGGCGGCCGAACAGUUGCAGCUCUGGGGCCGCUUCGACGACGCCGCGAUGCACUACGCGCACGCACUCGCGCUCGACUUGUCGCCGCAACUGCAACCCCGCGCGGUCUGCGGCGCGGGCCUCACGGCCUUUUUACGCGGCGAGUUCGUACAGGCCAAGGCGCUGCACGACGCCUGUGCUACUGUCUCUGCAUACGAUGCGUUCCCAGCCAUGUUUGCGGUCGCCGUCGACCGCUUCCGCACUCUCUUUUCAAACAGAGACACCGCGCUGCUCGAGGCGCUAACCGAACAGAAUGCGACGCUCUUGUGCCAGCAUAGAGUGGAGCAUGGCCGCGUCACGCUGCAGUUUGCGUCUCCGAUCGCGCGCUACUACUAUGAGACAUGUACGCUAAUGGGCGUCUUCCUCGACGAGCUUGGGGCGUUCGAGGCGUCGCUGGCGCAUUUCCGACGCGGCCUUGCGCUCUGCGGCAAAGCCUCUGGCCUCCACGUGCGGCUGGCGCUCGCGAUCCCAUCUGUCUUUGACUCGUUCGUCGCGAUGGAGUCGUACAUGAAUGCGCUAAUGACCCGCGUCGAUGCGCUGACAAACGACGACCUACGGCGGGACGUUCAGAGCGCUCUGCGACCAGAAGACGCGGGGCACCUCGCAUGGACAAUCACUCCGCCAACGAUGUUGCUUGGUUACCAGGGCUUGCCGACUGCGGCUAUGCAGACGCGCAUCGCUGCCAUGUACGAGCGACUGUACCCGGUAGCUUUCUCCAGUGCGCCAACGACCGAGGUGACGACAACGACGAGGCGGCGUGUUGCGUUUGUCUCGUCCUGGUUUCGAUCCCACUCGGUGGGGAAGCUUCUCCGCGGCAUUUUACAGCACCUGGAUCGGACAACCCUCGAUGUGGUGGUGUAUGCGUCGUCGCACUUUUUCCCGAUUUCGGCCACGGACACCAUCACGGCGGCGAUCAUGGACGCCGUGGAUCGUUUCGUGGUGCUGCCACACGACGCCGUGGACGCGCUCGCACUCUUGCGCGCCGACGCCAUCGACGUGGUCGUGUUUCCAGAAAUUGGUAUGGACGCGUGGACGAGGUUCCUCGCCCACCACCGGUUUGGGCGCGUCCAAUGCGUCUUUUGGGGCCACCCAAUUACGACGGGCUUGGUGAACAGCAUCGACUACUUUCUUGGCUCGGAUCUCUACUGGGACGACGACGAGCAAGCGGACGAUGCAUACUACACGGAGCAGCGUGUUCGGUUCUCGAGUCUCUCGACGUACUUUUUCCAGCCAGAGACGACAACUCUGCCGUUCACUGGGCGCGAUCACUUUCACUUGCCGCCUUCCAGUCACGUGUACUUGUGUCCCCAAACGCUCAUGAAGCUCCACCCAGCGUUUGACUCGAUUUUCAACGACAUUCUCACGUUCGACCCGAACGGCCUUGUCGUGCUGCUAUAUUCACCGCGCCAAAUCGUGUGGAAGCACCGGGUCCGGGACCGCCUGGCACGGAACGCGCCGGCUGUCCACGACCGCAUUCUCUUUCUAGAGACGCAGCCGUACGAUAAGUUCUUGUCCCUUCUCGCUACCUCGGAUGUCCUGCUCGACCCGUUUCCGUUUGGAGGCGGCGUCACAACCCUCGACGCUCUCGCUGUCGGCCUACCGGUUGUGACGUUGCCGGCCAAACAGACGGUAGUGGCCCUCGCGGCCGGCUUUUGCCGCCGGCUCAACCUCUCGACGUGCAUCGUCAAAGAUGAAGCGGCGUACGUGGCGACCGCAGUCGCGCUCGCGAGCGACAAGCCCCUGCAGACGAGUGCCCGCCAAGAGAUUCUGGACGCCCAUCGCACUUUGUACCACGACAAGGCGACGGUCGACGAGUGGAGUGCCUUCUUGCGCUCCGUGUAG